AUGAAUGCUUCUUCAUGUCUUUCAUCUUGCAAGCCUACCAUUCCUAAGGGCCUUGAGAGCAGAAGAAAGGGUCAUAAGAUGACAGUUGUGAGAGCAAGUAAUGGAAGAGAUGGAGAGGGUAAAGUGGUGGAUGAGAGCAUGAUAGUGCUGAGACUGCGUAUAAAGGAGAUGAAGAUGUUGGAGACGAAUCGAGAGCCACCUGCUAACUGGAUGGGGUGGGAGAAGCAGUGUUAUGAUCACUAUGAUGAAGAUGUUUGUAAUGCAAUAGGGUUGCUGCAGAGUUAUUUGAUGAAGACUAGACCAAGUGUUGCAUUAGGGAUGGUAACACUAUUGGCUUUCAGUGUUCCAAUUUCUUCUGUAACCCUUUUGUUUUGUGCCCUAGGAAUGGGGAAAACCAUCUUAUCUACUUUUGGCUUAUGCUAA